AUGGCUGCAAACAAGGACGCCAUCGCUCAACACGUCGAGCAUGAGCGUAUCUCGUCAGACGAUUCUCUACGUAAAGAUGAAGAGCAGCACUCCACAGUCGUUCAAGACUGGACACCAGAAGAGGAGAGAAAGCUAGUAUGGAAGAUUGACUUCAGGGUCUUCCCCAUGCUUUGCAUCGUUUUUGGCCUGUCUCUACUCGACAGAACCAACAUCUCGGCUGCAUAUAUCGCUGGACUUGCCACGGAUCUUCAACUUCAGAUAGGGUCAAGAUAUUCGAUUGCGCUUUUGAUCUUCUUCAUCGGGUACUGUUUGUUCGAGCUUCCAUCAAACUAUAUCAUCCGUAAGAUCGGUGCCAGAUGGUGGCUAUCUUUCCUGAUUGUUAUGUGGGGUGGCUGCGUUCUUGGUAUGGGAUUCGUCCACGAUUGGAAAAUCCUCACCGUCCUGCGAGCGUUACUCGGAGUGUUCGAGGCUGGUUUGUUCCCUGGCAGUAUCUAUAUCAUCGGUUGCUGGUAUCGACAGUUUGAAACUGGGAGAAGAAUCUCCAUCUUCUAUAUGGCUUCACUCCUGAGCUCCGGAUUUGGACCCAUUUUCGCUUACGCACUGUCACUCAUUCGUGUUGGCGGACCAGGCAGUAUGUAUCGAGCAGGAUGGAGGUGGAUAUUCAUCGUGGAAGGUGUGGCUACGAUCGUUGCUGGCAUCGUCUCACCCUGGUUCCUUGUCGAGUUUCCCGAACGAGUGAAGUUCCUCAGCAAACGCGAGAGGCACAUCGCACUCGAGCGAGUCAGAAUCGACAAAUCCAGCAAGGCAGUCGUACAUCCUAGCAUGAAGGAAUUCACAGUCAUGCUGUGCGAUUGGAAACUGGUGCUGUACGGCUUGCAAUACUUCAUCUGUGCAUCUUCGGUGUACUCCCUUGCCUUCUUCAAGCCAAUCAUCCUCAGGCAAGGUAUGGGCUUCAGCUAUGCGAAAGCACAGCUGCUUUCUUCACCACCCUAUGUUUUCACCAUCAUCAUGAGCCUCAUCAUGGCAUACAUCAGUGACAAGUUACGAAUGCGAUGGCCAAUCCUUUGCUCUCAGGCUUUGGUCGGUAUCGUUGGACUACUCGUAAUUCUAUAUGCCAAACCACCCGGUGUCCGCUACUUCGGUCUGUAUUUGGCUAUAUUCGGUUGCCAAGCAAACAUUCCAGGAACCCUAGCUUAUGGUAACAACCAGACUGGACGAAAUGAGAAGAAGGGCGUAGUGGCUGCGGCCAUGAUAUCGUUUGGUGCUGCAGGAGGCAUCGCCGGCAGCACAAUCUUCAGGUCACAGGACGCACCCUUGUACCUCCCUGGCAUGUGGUCAACAAUCUGUAUGCUCAUUCUGUACAUCUGCAUCACUCUAAGCUUGUCCAUGCAUUUUAAGAGACAAAAUCGGUUGGCAGAUGAAGCACAAGCGGCAGGAAGGGAGUACGUCUUGGAGAAGACGCCAGGUUUCAGGUACGCACCUUAA